AUGAUUGUGUCGCAAACAAUGUGGAAAAUAUUUUAUUUUGUACUAAGCCUGACUUGCUUGGUGAACGCGGGUGUCAUUCCGCGUCAUGUCGAGGUCAAGAAAGAUCUGGAGACUCGUGAUGCGACCGGAUACCGCUCGGUAGCGUACUUUGUGAACUGGGCAAUUUAUGGAAGGGCCUUCAACCCUCAAGAUCUUCCCGCCGAGCGACUCACGCAUGUUUUGUAUGCUUUUGCAAACGUGCGCUCCGAUGGGGAGGUGUACCUCUCUGAUACUUGGGCCGAUAUUGAGAAGCACUAUUCCUCAGAUUCCUGGAAUGACCAAGGGAAUAAUGUCUAUGGCUGUAUCAAGCAGCUGUUCUUACUCAAGCAGCGGAACAGACAGUUGAAGGUUCUCCUGUCCAUCGGAGGAUGGACUUAUUCCUCUAAUUUCGCUGGCGCGCUCAGCAGUGAAAGCGGACGGCAAACAUUUGCCUCGACUGCUACUACCUUGGUCAAGGAUUUGGGUCUAGAUGGAAUUGACAUAGACUGGGAGUAUCCCACCGACAGUGACCAGGCUAACGACUUUGUGGCUACCUUGCAAGCACUGCGCUCUUCCCUGGAUUCAUACAGUGCUGCCAAUGCUUCUGGCUACCAUUUCCUUAUCACUGCUGCCGUUCCAGCCGGUCCUGCGAAUUAUCAAAAUCUCCAUAUCAGCGAUAUGGAUCACUAUUUAGAUUUCUGGAAUCUGAUGGCCUACGAUUACUCUGGCAGCUGGGACACCAUUGCUGGCCAUGAUGCUAAUAUCUACGCAUCCGAUAGCAGCCUUCCAAGCACCCCGUUCAACACAGAUCAAGCCAUCAACUACUAUCUCUCUCACGGCGUGGCUGCAAAUAAGCUUGUCAUGGGCAUGCCAUUAUAUGGCCGCUCGUUUAUGAACACGGACGGCCCUGGAACCAACUACAGUGGUGUCGGCAGCGGCUCGUGGGAGAACGGAGUGUGGGACUACAAGGCGCUGCCCCUGGAAGGUGCCGCUGUGAACUACUUGGAUCAGCCCGUCGCAAGCUACAGCUACGAUUCCAGCCAGCGGAUGAUGGUGAGCUAUGAUACACCACAGGUCGCGCAGAAUAAGGCGCAGUACAUUCAAUCCAAGGGUCUCGGCGGUGGGAUGUGGUGGGAGAGCAGCAGCGACAAGAACGGGUCUGAAAGUCUGAUCUCUACGGUCGUGUCGACCUUCGGGGGGACUGGCGCCUUGGAUAGUAGCCAGAAUCAGUUGAGCUAUCCAGCCUCGCAGUACGCCAAUAUGAGAGCUGGCUUCCAAUAA